AUGGGGAACCAGCUCGCAGCGCCGCAGAAGCUGGCGGCUGACGUGGGGGAGCUGCCAGUUGUUGUCAAAGACACGCUAGGCAGCGGGCGCUUCAUCAAGACCCUGCUGUGUGUUCACGACAAUGGGGGGCUGGUCGUCGUCAAGGUGUACCACAAGCGGGGGGAGGGCACACCAAUGGCGCCCUACGCAGCGAAGCUCAAGGACAUACGGCAGCGGCUGUGGGGCAUCGAGCGGUCACACCUGUGGCCGCCCCAGGCGUGGCGCGAGACGGCGGCGUCGGCCUACAUGCUGCGCCAGCACCUGUGGAGCAACCUGUACGACCGCCUCAGCACGAGGCCGUUCCUGGCCACCGUGGAGAAGGUGAUGUAA